AUGGAGCUCAGUAAUCCCCGCAAGCCCUCAGAUGGAAACCAAUUGACCAGCCAAGCUCUAAUCGACCUGGAGCAUCAGUAUGGUGCUCAUAACUAUCAUCCCCUCCCGGUAGUUUUUGAUCGAGCAGAAGGAUGUAGAGUAUGGGAUCCAGAAGGGAAUGAAUACAUUGACUGUCAUUCCGCGCACUCAGCCGUUAAUCAAGGCCACUGCCAUCCGAAGAUCUUGAAAGCAUUGGUAGAUCAAUCGAGUCGUCUGACACUUUCCUCAAGAGCCUUCCACAAUUCAUCAUUAGGACUAUUUCUCGAGAAACUUUGUGUGACUUUUGGGUAUCAAAGAGCGUUACCUAUGAAUGCUGGGGUCGAAGCGGUUGAGACUGCAUUGAAGUUGGCUCGAAAAUGGGCUUACGUUAAAAAGGGGGUACCAGACGGCAAAGCCAUAAUCUUAAGCGUUGGCGGAAAUUUUCAUGGUCGAACUUUGGGUGUCAUGGGUAUGAGUACUGAUCCGGAUUACCGAAAUUCAUUUGGGCCAUUUCUGACGAGCAUUGGCUCGAGUUGUCCAAUCAAUGCGCCAGCGAGCUCCGGUCAAAGAUCGUUAAGAUACAAUGACCUCAAUGAUAUCGAGCGAGCACUAAAUGCGCACGGAAAGAAUACAGCGGCAGUUUUACUCGAGCCUAUUCAAGGCGAAGCUGGGAUUAUUGUUCCGGACGACGACUACAUUCAGAAAGUAAAGGCCUCAUGUGAAUCACACAACGUGUUAUUGAUAAUGGAUGAGGUGCAGACUGGGCUUGGUCGAACAGGGAAACUCCUUUGUCAAGAGCAUUCAAAUGUUCGAGCAGACAUUGUGACCUUAGGUAAAUCUUUGUCCGGUGGAUUUUAUCCAGUUUCUGCGGUUUUGUCAGAUGAUCAUAUUAUGGGAGUCAUCAAACCUGGAGAACAUGGCUCUACAUUUGGAGGGAACCCGUUAGGUUGUGCUGUGGCAAUCGCUGCCUUGGAUGUAUUGAUUGAAGAAAACUUGUGUGAGAGGGCCGAGGAAAUGGGGAAACUGAUGAGAAGAGGUUUAUUAGAAUUGAAAUCCAUCCGACCAUCAGCAGCCAGCCCAACAGGGUAUAUACAAACUGUCAGAGGCAAAGGUUUAUUGAAUGCACUUGUGAUUGACCCAAGCCUAUCUCCUAAGAAAAGGGGGGCUUGGGAGCUUUGUCUGUUGAUGAAAUCACGAGGUGUUCUGGCCAAGCCAACCAAUUCAAAUAUCAUCCGGUUGACUCCCCCUUUGACAAUUGGACCUAAUGAAGUCAAACAAGUUGUUAAGGUUAUUGGGGAGUGUCUUCAAGAUUUGGACCAGGUCAGAUAA